AUGGAGAUAGUCUUGAUGCCGCUUCUCUUUAACUUUCUCCACUUUCUUAUUUUGAUAAUUUUUCUCUCCCAGUUUGCUUCUUUGUCUUCUUCUUCAUCACACUUGUGCCCUCCUGAUCAGAACCUUGCAUUGCUCCAAUUCAAGACUGCAAUUUCUUUAAGUAACUGUUCGGUUGAAGAUCCAUUUACGAGCGGACCAAGAAAGAUUGUUUCUUGGAAGGAAGGAAGUGAUUGUUGCUUCUGGGAUGGAGUUUCCUGUGAUAAUGUAACCGGAAAUGUGAUUGGCCUCCACCUUCAGGAUUGCCAGCUCUAUGGCACUAUCAAUUUCGGCGGCACUCCUUUUCACCUUUCUCAUCUUCGAUGGCUAAACCUGGCUGGCAACGCCUUUUGCAUGUCUGAAAUCCCCUCAACAAUCUCGCAGCUGGCUAGUUUGACACAUCUCAACUUAUCUAGGUCUGGUCUUUCUGGUUUGGUCCCUCAAGAAAUAUCCCAUUUAUCCAAACUUGUUUCCCUUGACCUCUCUUCCAAUCUAGGUCUCUACGUGGACAAUCCUGCUAUGAAGAGAUCGGUUCGAAACAUGACCAAUUUAAGGGAAUUGUUGCUCGAUGGGGUGGACAUGUAUGAUGUUGCUCCUCAUUCUCUGGCCAAAUUGUCUUCUUCUUUAGUGUCUCUCAAUCUACAUUCGUGUUAUCUGGGCGGAAUUAAUGGAGGAGAUUUUCCGGUUCAUAUAUUCCAAUUACCAAACUUGGAAUCGCUCCAGCUAUCGGACAAUCCUAUGAUGAGAGGUCAUUUUCCAAAGUCUAAUUGGACUGCUCCCCUCAAGUUCUUAGAAGUAAUUGCCACAGAAUUUUCAGGAGGAUUACCGGAUUCUAUUGGGGGUUUGAAGUUUUUGGAACAUUUGCAUGUUGAUGGCUCCGGAGAAUUGCCCCAUUCCAUUGGCAAUUUAGUGUCGCUCAAGUCCCUGACUCUGCUAGGUUCUUUCACAGGAUCUAUUCCUGCAUCCAUUGGAAACCUUACACAAAUCACUCAUAUUCACCUCUCGAGUGGGAAUUUCAAAGGUCAGUUUCCCUUUUCAAUUGGCAAACUUCAACAUAUUUCUUAUUUAGAUCUUUCAGAUAACAACUUCACUAGUCAAAUUCCAAAUGCAUUCACUAAUCUCACCAAGUUGUCUGUCCUAAAUCUUAUGAUGAACAAUUUCAAUGGUCAGUUGCCAGUUUUUUUAUUCAACCUGACACAGCCUAUUUCAGUUUCGUUUUCAAAUAAUCAACUGACGGGUCCUAUUCCAACUAGCAUAAGUAGUCAUUCAGGCUUGGAUUUUCUCGACAUAUCUCAUAACUUACUCACUGGAACAGUACCCUCUUCCUUGUUUACUAUCCCAUCAUUAAGAGUGCUGGAUCUUAGUUAUAAUCAACUUGACGGCCAUCUUGAUGACUUCCAAGUGAAUAAAUCAGAGCUAUCUCACGUUGUUCUGAGCAACAACAAGCUCCAUGGCCCAAUUCCAAGGUCAUUCUCUGGGCUUCUGCACAUGGAGAAUCUCUUACUUUCGUCAAAUAACAUGAGUGGCUUUCUUGAUCUAGAGGUGAUUUCAAAACUCAAGAAUCUUACCUAUCUUGAUCUCUCAUACAACACCUUUUCCUUGAGCCUUCCUAAGAGACACCAGAAUCUAUCCUUCCCCUUGAUUACUCACAUAUUUUUGUCCUCAUGCAACCUAAGAGAAAUCCCCGCAUUCUUGAGAGAUUCAAAGUAUGUGGAAAGAUUAGAUCUUUCGAGCAACAAAAUUCAGGGACCUCUUCCAAAGUGGUUUUGGGGACUUGGAGAGGAUACGUUGUCAUAUCUGAAUCUUUCACACAACCUUCUCACAAGUUUCCAAGGAUUUCAUCCAUGGAAUAGCUUAUCCGUGCUUGAUCUCCACUCGAAUUUACUUCAAGGAUCACUUCCAGAUGCAGUGCACUCGGCAGAUUUUGUUUUGAUUUCGAACAAUAAGUUCACAGGAGAGAUUCCUCCUUCAAUCUGCAACAACAGCUUUACUUCAGUUAUCGACUUGUCCAAUAACUACUUGAAUGGCAAAAUUCCACAAUGUUUGGGAAAUUUCAGCGAUUCGUUGAUGGUGUUAGAUCUGCGGAUGAACAACUUUCAUGGGGUAAUCCCUAUCAAAUUUGUCGAAUGUAGAAGCUUAACGACUCUUGCCCUGAACGGGAACCAAUUGGAGGGAUCGUUGCCGCAUUCUCUUCAUAAUUGUAGAAAAUUGGAAGUUAUUGAUGUUGGUAACAACAAAAUUGGUGGUCAGUUUCCCCACUGGUUGGGAGCUCUUCCAAAGCUUCGGGUUCUCAUCUUAAGAUCCAACAAGUUCCAUGGUGCCAUAGUCAGCUCUAAAGCCAAACAUUUCUUUCCUAUGUUGCGAAUCAUGGACAUCUCUCACAAUGAAUUUACAGGCUCAUUGCCCACGAGGUUCUUCAACAAUUUAAAAGCUAUGUUGAGCGUGGGCAGCGAUGAACUACGGAAACUGCAAUAUGUGGGACCUGAACACGACUACUAUCAGAAUGAUGUGAAGGUUACCAUUAAAGGAAUUUAUAUUAAGAUGGAGAAAAUUCUUACCAUCUUCACCACCAUUGAUCUGUCCAACAACAAUUUCAGUGGGGAAAUUCCAAGCAACAUUGGAAAGCUUAAGUCGCUUGAAGGCCUCAACUUCUCCCAUAACAAUCUCAUGGGAUGUAUUCCAUCAUCGAUCGGUUCCUUGACAAACUUGGAAUGGUUAGACCUCUCUUCAAAUCAACUUUCUUGCAGAAUUUCGCAGAAAUUGUUGGAUCUGACAUUCCUUGAAGUCCUGAACUUUUCAUACAAUAAGCUUGAGGGACUAAUCCCACAGGGGAAGCAAUUCAAUACAUUCUCAAACGAGUCCUAUCUAGGAAACUCGGGAUUAUGCGGAUUUCCAUUGUCCAAAGUGUGCAACCCAAGUGAAACACAGCAUCGUCCAGCAAGACAACAAAAUGUUUCAUCAGGUUCAAUGUUUGAAUUCGGAUGGAAAGUUGUAGUGUUAGGAUAUGGAUGUGGAGUUAUUUUUGGACUGAUUAUGGGGUAUGUGGUGUUUUCAACUGGGAAACCCCAAUGGCUGGUGACGAUGGUCAAAAGACUUCAACCCCGAAAGCUGAAACGGUCGAAACUCGGUGGUAGACGCGGUUGA